UGCAAAAGUACAUUUUCCAUUGCGCAUUACUACGCACAACGUCUGCGUUACUUUUUGCUUUCUGUCGUUUUGCUGGGAUAAAACGAGGGACGGUAAGCGUGAAGAUGUGAGGUAGGAGAAGAUAACGGGGUAUCAGUGGGAAAUACGCACUUAAGAGAGACAACGAAAGAGGGAGGGAGAGAGAGAGCGCGGAUAUUUUGCAAGGCACCCCUGGUGUGAAGCUUGUGCCUGCGCGCUCGCUGCAUACUUGUCAGCUGCACGUGCACGGGUAGGAUGAGCUCUUGCAGCAGCAGGGCUCUGACUCUGCUCUCCACAGUGUUUGGGGCAUGCGGACUGCUGUUGGUGGGGGUUGCCGUGGCGACAGAUUAUUGGCUGCUGAUGGAGGAGGGAAUCGUACUGCAGCAGAACCAAACUGUCGAUGUCAAGAUGGCCUUGCAUUCUGGCCUCUGGAGAGUGUGUUUCAUAGCAGGUACAGAGAAAGGUAGAUGUGUGGCCUCUGAGUAUUUCACAGAGCCAGAGAUUGAAAUCACCACAGAAAACACUGCAAAUAUCCUCAAGAUGGUGCGGACAGCUACUCCCUUCCCUAUGGUGUCCCUGCUCUUCGUUUUCAUGGCCUUCAUCAUCAGUAACGUGGGCCACAUCCGUCCACAGCGCACCAUUCUGGCCUUCGUUUCUGGAAUCUUCUUCAUCCUCUCAGGGUUGAGUCUGGUGGUGGGGUUGGUGCUGUAUAUCUCCAGUAUCAAUGAUGAAGUAAUGAACAGGCCGCGGGAGCCAGAGCAGUUCUUUAACUACCACUACGGCUGGUCCUUUGCUUUUGCUGCCAGCUCCUUCCUGCUCAAAGAGAUACAGUGA